UAAAAAAAAAAAAAAAAAAGAAGUAAUCCUUCAUAAUUUUUUUUAAAAAAAACCCAACAGUUUUCUUAUUAUAAUUUUUUUAUUUUUAAUUUUGAGAAUUUAAAAAGUAUAUAAAGUGGCGAUUUCUGGAGUGUUCUUGUGUUUCAGCAAGUUUACAGAAAGGAGAUCAUCUUCUCCUUCUUUCUCUCUCCUCUCUCUUCCCUAAACUUCCGUGCCCAAAAAAUAUGUAGUUACUUCCGACAUUUUCCAACUUAAUUAUUCUAUUUUUAUACCACUAUCAUACUUCAUUAUUAUUUGGCCCUUUUUUUUUAAUAUUAUUUGGCCAAAUUCAAUCCAAUUUGUCGACAAUAUAUAUAUUUCACUAGUACAAUUUAUUUGUUACAUUACAACAAUUAAAAAAAAAAUCGUAACUAUGGCAGAUGGAGGAGAAAGAAAUGGGGUUGAUUUUUAUAAGAUACUUGGUUUAGAGAAGGAAUGCUCACCAACUGACCUCAAAAAUGCUUACAAGAAGCUUGCUAAGAGAUGGCAUCCGGAUCGUUGUUCUGCUUCCGGAAAUUCAAAGUUUGUGGAAGAAGCGAAGAAGAAAUUUCAAGCUAUUCAAGAGGCUUAUUCUGUUCUAUCCGAUGAGACUAAAAGGUUUUUGUAUGACGUUGGAGUCUACGACAAGGAUGAUGACGAAAACAAUCAUGGAAUGGGCGACUUUCUGAACGAGAUGGUCACGAUGAUGAGCGAACACAAACCCUGUGAAAAUGGCGAAGAAAGCUUUGAACAAUUACAGGAGUUAUUUGAAGAUAUGUUUCAGAGGGACAGUUGUGAUGCAUUCGCUUCAACCUCGUCUCAGGGGAUGAACUCUUCUUGUUCAUCUUCGUAUGGCAGUUCUAUUGAGGGUUCAUGCAUCAAUAACAAGAGGAAUUCAGUAGGAAUGAAUAGAACAGAUGCAUCUUCAUCCUUCAAUAAUAUCAACUUAGAGAGAUUCUGUUUAGGGAUGGAUUGCAGGGGAGACUCGAGAAGGAUAAAGGGAGCAGCCGUAAGAACUCUAGGAGGAGGUGGUAGUAGUUGUAGCAGCAAUCGUGAUAAUAGUAGAAGACGAUAUGGUAGGAAACAAAAGAUUGCACCCGGCCAUGAUGUUUCUUCAAAUGAUUACUCGGCAUUUCCACUUGAUUCAAAUUACUGGUGAAUUUCAGUUUAGGAAAUUGGCAUCAAGAGAUGUGUCUAUAGAGGUUUUUAAUUUGAUACCAUUUGAUGGGAAAAAGGGUCCAAAUUUUGGCAUUCUUAUAUAUUGUAUGUCAUCAUAUUAGAGUGGUAAAGGAGAGUUACUUAUUUGAGCCAUUACCAACAUCUCAUUAUGCCGCUUUGUUGUUCCUGUACUAGAAUCUACUACAUAACUAAAUUUCAUUUGAAACUUUCACCUCAA